GAGGAGGAAGGGGACAUAAAGAGAGGAAGGAAAAGGGGGGCAGGAGGAAAAAGACAAGACAAGGGGACCCAGAUUAAGAGGGAAGAUGGCUGAGCCGGAGCUGAAAUCACGGAGCAGCCGGGAGAGCGUUGCCAAGGCGGCAAGCCAGGAGAAGAUGGAGGCAGCUGAAGCAGAACCAGACCAAGAUGGCCUGAUUGUAGAGCAGCCAUCGUCUCCAUCGACCCCCAUGGUCCCUGCUCCCACUGCCACAAGCCCUACUGAGGCCUCGCCCGCCAAGGGGGAGAAGAUUGUCCUAAAACGCAGCAUCACCCUCUUCAAUGGCGUGGGAAUGAUCAUAGGCACCAUCAUCGGCUCUGGCAUUUUCGUCACUCCGACAGGCGUGGUCAAAGAGACCGGCUCGGCUGGGCUCUCCCUGAUCAUCUGGUCUGCCUGUGGAGUGAUCUCUACCAUGGGUGCCCUAUGCUACGCCGAGCUGGGCACAACCAUCACCAAGUCGGGGGGAGACUACACUUACAUCCUGGAGGUGUACGGCGAACUGGCGGCCUUUCUGAAGCUGUGGGUGGAGAUGCUCAUCAUCCGGCCUUCGUCACAGUAUGUGGUGUCGCUGGUGUUCGCUACCUACCUUCUGAAACCUCUCUACCCAAACUGCACUGUGCCGGAAAGUGCGGCCAAGCUCAUUGCCUGCCUGUGUCUUACCUCCCUGACGUUUGUAAACUGUAUCAGCGUGAGAGCGGCCACCAAGGUCCAGGACUUGUUCACGGCCUCCAAACUGCUGGCCCUGAUCAUCAUCAUCCUCUUUGGCUUCAUCCAGAUUUCCACAGGUGAUGUGCCAUACCUGACACUAGAAAAGUCUUUUGAAGGCAGCAAACUGGGAGUGGACAAUAUUGUGUUGGCUCUGUACAGCGGUCUCUUUGCUUUUGGAGGCUGGAAUUAUCUGAAUUACGUAACGGAGGAGAUGAUCAAUCCAGAGAGGAACUUGCCCCUGUCCAUCAUCAUAUCCAUGCCUAUAGUGACGGUGGUGUAUGUUCUGACCAACCUGGCCUAUUUCACCACCAUCUCUCCCCAAGUCAUGGUCGAGUCCGAGGCGGUUGCCGUGAGUUUUGGGGAGUACCAUCUGGGUGUGAUGGCGUGGUUGAUUCCUGUCUUUGUGGGACUGUCCUGCUUUGGAGCUGUCAACGGAUCCCUGUUCACCUCAGCACGGUUGUUCUAUGCUGGAGCUCGAGAGGGUCAACUCCCUGCUGCUCUGGGACUGGUCCACACAGACCUCUUCACACCAGUCCCGUCCCUCAUCUUCACAUGUUUGCUGUCCAUGAUGUACACCAUCUCCCAGGACAUCUUCUCUGUCAUCAAUCUCUUCAGCUUCUUCACCUGGCUGUGUGUUGGUAUGGCCAUUGCUGGCAUGCUCUGGCUGCGCUUUACCAAGCCUGACCUCAGAAGGCCCAUUAAGAUUCCUCUCUUCAUCCCUGUGACUUUUGUUUUGGGCUGCGUCUUCAUGAUCAUUGUGUCCUUCUGGGCAGCUCCGUUUGAGUGCCUGGUCGGCAGCAGCAUUAUUCUCACAGGCAUCCCGGCGUACCUACUGGGCUACAAGUGGAAGAAACCCCAUGUGGUCAAGAAGAUGCUGGAAAUCUUCACCAUGUUCUGUCAGAAGAUCUUCAUGUCUGUUCCUGAGGAGAGGGAGGCGGCUGAAUAAUGCUGGACAGACUGAACAACAUGACUGUCCAGCAUUAUUCGGACUGCGGCAAUAUUUCCGUCUGAACAUUCGUGUUUACAUGUUUUUUUUCUUUUUCUGUUUUUUUUUCCAAUUUUUAUCUAACCAGGUAGGAAGCUGUGGUAUUUUAAGGGAUGGCUUGGCUUGUUAAAGGACUGUGAAGUAGUUGUAUGAAGGCACAUUUUAUGAACACUACAAAAUAUUGCAAAUUUUCAUGGCAUUUAGACUAGAUUUUCCACUGUUUUUAUUCUAAAUCUAAUUGACAAUUAUAUCUCCUUUUAAAGCUAGAACAUGUUUAUAUGUUGCAUGUUAGUUAAUGGAGAGUCAUACAAUGUGAUUGUAUAACGCAAACACAGAAUCAGAAGCUGCAUACAAUACUCUAGUGGCCUAAAACUUACAAGUUUAUUAAACACCUAAAGUGUACAAAUAAGUAGCUUAGCAAGACAAAAGUUUUUUUUUAACUUUCUUUACAUUUUUUAAACACUAACAACCAAACUACGCAUAGUUUAUUAUAGUUUACAGUUUUAUAGAAUAUGAAAGCUGUGAGUUAGACUUUCUGCUCCAGUUAUAGAUAUAUGAGGUAAAAACAGAAGAAACAAUCACUGACAUUGUACAGUGUAUAAAUAAGGUCAGGGCUGGAUGAGAAAAUGGUUAACUAGCAUAACAAUGAUUACAUUAUACUCAUACGCUACUAAUAUUUCUUUUAAAUAACAAUUGAUUUCAAUAUUUGUAUUUUUUUCUAAUCAUUUGUAAAAUGAAUCCGCAGCACUAUUUUAAAGCACAAACUAAAACGUGAGAUAAAACAGUGUAUGUAAUGUUUCUUUAAGAUGUGUUGCUGUGAAACAGGUCUGUAGCUGUAUCAUUUUAUUCUCACAUCACACCAUGUCAGAGUCAGCGCUGCAUAUGUGAUGAUAUUGCGAUGAAACGACAGUGGAUGCCAGCACCUGUUUGUGAGGCAUUAUUAUAAGAAGUUGAAGACUUGUAUAGAUGUCAUUCUGAUAGUAUUUAGUGAACCACAUUGUAGUGUUAGUGUUUUGUAUUGCGUGUAUCUAUAGUCUGUGCCAUAUCAGUGCUGAUAUUCCUGUUUUUUAUCUUUUAUUGUCAAUAUAAGACCAGAAUGAAUGUUGCAAAUUUAGUGACAUCAGCUUUGCUUAAUUUUUUUAAAAUAGGAAAUGUACCUUUAAAAACUUAAUUCUGAAUAUCAGAGUUUUUUUUUCCAAAGUUACUGCAAGCACUUUCCCAGUCUGCUCAAGAUCCCGGAGGGGAAAGUCUCUGAGGACAAUGAAGGAGGGUGGGGGGUUCUGUGGGUUGGGAAAGGUCCACUUAAACAUCAACCACUGGUUAGUGGAUUGUCAGCCUCUACUCACUGCGCUGACAGUCCAGGUUUUGUGGGACAAAUCAACUGGAAAUGCAUAAACUCACAUGUUGAAAACACAAAACAGAAAAAUGAGUGCUGCUCUUCUAACAUAAUUUCUCACAAUGGCAGACAGCAGAAGGAUGGAAAAAUGACCUCCUGCAGGUUUAUUCUCUUAGUUGGAACAUCCUUUUUGUGAUCCUUUUUGUGAUGAAAUGUGGUCUUUCUCACAAACACAAACACACUUCAACCAUCAUCUUAUUUGUUAGUGGAAAUUGGACCAAGGCAUAGAAUUAGCACUAUUUACCAGCAAAAUACUGGUAAAAUAUGCAUGUGGCUGGUAGAUUUGCUUUAUUCACCAGCCAAAGAAACAACGGUAAUCUAUUGAGUGGUUGGUAGACAUUUGGUCGGAGGACAAACAAGUUAAUUUUGCACCCUAAUCACAACACUUUGGCCAAUGAUCAAAAUGGAAAUCAAUUCACAUAAAACAGCAGAGAGAAGCACAUCUGUAAUUUCCACCCAAUGGCGAUAACCCACUAAAGCAUCUAAUGUUUACAGAUUUUAAGAAAAACAGAAGCUGAUAUAAAGGUUUAAAUCAUAAUGCACCUUCUCCCUCCUAAACAGCACAACACUUGAAGAAAGAAUUCUGUAUGUGCACUUAAUAAAUCUACAUUAACACAGAGGGUGCACGUUUCAAAAACACACACUAUAUAAUUGAUUGUGACUAUGAAGAUAAAUGGUUUCUGCAGACCCUGUCAUAUUUUUUAUGUUAUACACUGUAUCAUUAUGAAUUGACAAUUCCUUUUAAGGUAUUUGCCUAAUGAAAUGUUAUGGAGAAAAAACUCUAAUAGCAUAUUUUUAAUCUUAGAAAUGGAAAGUACCUAUGUCAGUUAUUGUAACUGUUGUAUGUCAGUGACCAUGGCAGGUACA